UAUUACGUGAAAUAAUAUAACAAUUAUUGCGAAUAAACGAUAUUAUUUAUUACUACAAUGAAAUGUCAUUAUGAGGUAUUGGGGGUACCACAAAAUGCUUCUGAUGAUGACUUAAAAAAAGCUUAUAGAAAGCUUGCAUUAAAAUGGCAUCCAGACAAAAAUUUAGAUAAUUCAGAAGAAGCAAAGGAACAAUUUCAAAUUAUUCAACAGGCUUGGGAAGUGUUAAGUGAUCCUCAUGAACGUGCUUGGUAUGAUAACCAUCGCGAAGCUAUUUUAAAAGGUGGCAUUGGUGAAAAUUAUCAAGAUGAUUCUAUUGAUCUUUUCCAAUAUUUUUCAACCACUUGCUUCAAAGGAUAUGGAGAUGAUGAAAAAGGAUUUUAUACUAUUUACCGUAAUGUGUUUGAAAAGUUGACAGUUGAAGAUACAGAAUUUGCAAAGGAAGGAGAUUCAGAUGAAGAAGUACCAGGAUUUGGAAAUUCACAAAGCUCAUAUGAAGAAGUUGUUCAUAAUUUUUAUGCUUAUUGGCAAAGUUAUAGUACAAAACGGUCAUUUGCUUGGUUAGAUCCUUAUGAUACAAGAAAUACUACUAAUAGACGAAUUGUACGACUUAUUGAGAAACAAAAUAAGAAAGUUAGAGAUAAAGCUAAAAGAGAAAGAAAUGAACAGGUAAGAAAUUUAGUUGCUUUUGUACGUAAACGUGAUAAACGAGUGCAAGCUCAUGUAAACAUGCUUGCUGAGCGUGCAAAAGAAAAUUUAAGAAAAACAGAAGAAUGGAAAAAGCAACAAUUAUUAGAAAGGCAAAAACAAUUAAAAGAACACGAAGUAUCAGAGUGGUUAAAACUUGUAAAUGUGGAAGCAGAACUUAAAAAUAUUGAAGCUAAUCUUGAUCAAGAAUUUGGUGAAGAUUUGUCUUCUGAGGGAGAUAUAUAUGACGAAAAUACACUAGAUGAUAAUUCUCUGUAUUGUGUAGCUUGUAAUAAAAUAUUUAAAACACAUAAAGCAUUUGCAAAUCAUGAAAAUUCGAAGAAACACAAGGAUAAUAUUGCUGUUAUGACAGCAUCUAUGAUAAAAGAAGAUGAAGAAUUUGAAAGUUUUCAAAAUAGUGAUGUUAGCUCUGAAUCAAGUUCAGAAUGUGAAAAAAAAUUAGCAACUGAUUCACAAAUGCCAGACUUUUUAUUAAAUCCUGUGCAAAAUAAAAGUAAUGUUAAAGAAGAAACAUCAGAAGAAGAAUUAAUAUCAGAUGAUGAAGAUUUUGAUGAUCUUGAAAAAGCAAAAGAUGCAAAAUAUUAUCCAGAGGGAACCAAAUUUGCUGUAGGACCACAGAUGAAUGAUGUUCUUUACAUACCACCUAAAAUAACUGAAAAUGACAAUACGGAUAUGACUUCUGAAGAUGAACUUAUUUCUGACCAAGAAGAUGAAGAAAUUAUGCAACUUAAAAAACAAAAGAAAAAGAAUAAACGAAGAAAAAAUGUUCAAAAUCCAGUAACAGAACAGAUUAGUGAUGAAGACAUUAGUAUUAAUGAAGAUAUAUUAUUAUCAAAAAAACAACGUAAAAAACAAGAACAAAAAAAGAGGAAAGCUAUGUUAAGUAAAGGUUUAGAAAAUAAUCAACAAUCAUCUAAUGACAAAACAGAGGACCAUGAAGAAGAAGUGGAAAUGGAAACAAAUGAAGCAGUGUUAUCUGACAAUUUAGAAAUAAAUAGUACAAUUAAUGAAAAAUCUAAAAGUAAAAAACCUAAAAAUAUAAAGAAACAAUCACAAAAAGAAAGUGAAAAUAGAAGUAAAAAGGGGUCACAAGUUACAGAAGUUUCCGAUCUAGCACAUUGUUGUGUUACGUGUAAAGCUGAAUUUCCUAGUAAAAAUAAAUUAUUUGAACAUUUGAAGAAAACAGGACAUUCGGUAUAUAUACCAAAUUCAAUAAAGAAUAAGAAAAAUCAAGAAAAAUCAAGUAAAAGCAAGGGAAACGGCGAUAAAAGGAGUCACUAA